AUGGCCAAAUCGGAUCUCGACAACGCCAAUCCCACCGUCCUCAGUGUCUCACAACUGCCCAGCAGGAAUCUAGCGAAGGGCCAUGUGAGAAAGGGCCCGGAUUCCAAAUAUGACCACAUCUUGUUCCCAAAGCAGUGGUGGGCAGGAAGUUCCCUGAACACUGACCCGUCGGUGUGGACAUCAGACGAGGACGAGGACGACGACUUGACUUUGGCGACAGAUGAACCCAUUGACGAGCAGGAAAUCUAUGGUGAGAACUACGACCCGUCAAGUUGCACGUACCUGCUAUCAACGAUAUCGGACCCUGAACACCCCGUCACCCUGGGUCAAAUCGCCGUCGUCAGACUUGACGACAUCCAUCUUAGCCCAUCUCCCGCCGAGCGUCUAGAUCCAAACACCCUGACCAAUGUCGAGGUUGACCUUACGCCCACAGUGAACCACUGUUCUCUGGCGACUGUCAUUGGUCUUGCCGUCCGUGUCCGACUCGAGAACGCUCUGCCUCCCAACUAUCGCAUCGUCGUCCGCAUGAAGGAUGGCUCCCAUGCUCAGGAUGACCAGGUGAACAAGCAGCUGGGAGACAAGGAGAGAGUUGCCGCUGCUCUGGAGAAUGACACCCUGAAGGGCAUCAUCGAGAAGAUGCUGGAGACUUGCGUCUGAGUACAAUCCAGAUAAGGGAGCUCCAGAGAUGUCCAUUUUCUGCGAAUUAUCAUUCACGUUGCUAUGGCUUUCCAGGCUUGACCCUACGCGGCGGUGUUUCGUGAGAUUAUAUCCGCAGGAUUGCCGUAUUGGUCACUGGUGGCAACGCUAUUUUAUACUACGUACAACCCCCCCUCGUUACGGGGCACAUGCGUGGCUAUCCGGUAUGUGCGGGGGUUCGUAGAGGAAUUGAUAUGACGAUGCGAGACAUCGGCAAAUUCUGAUACCUACCGUCGCCUUUGUCGAUGUUCAAAUUUCCACUCAGGGCUCAGCACUCUGUUUCCCAUGCCAGUCCAAAGAGAAAGGGCCAGCAGCCAUCCCAACCCAAGCAUUGGAAUUGCAAGCUCCGAGAGUUUAAAAAUGAAAGGCACGAUGUCACUUGAUAUUGCAUCCCAAUCUUGAAUGGUGAUCAUGGGCGAUUUUUGCGGUGAAACCCAUGUCCCUAGCAUCCUGCCACGGGCUUAGGUCAAUAUUUAUCUAUGGCUAUCAUAUGAUGAUAGAAAAGACACCCCACGUUACUUCUUUUUUGGUCCUCUUGC